CUAUUGUAGUGCUUGCUGAAGUCACACAGCACUCUAGCAACAUGAGUGUCACACCAUUCCCUCUCAGUUCAUCUUUAAUGUGCCUGCAAUUUUUAGUUUGCCUUCUGAUUUUCUUUUCUGCUGAAGGCAAAAAGUUGCUGGUGGUACCAGCUGAUGGCAGCCACUGGCUGAGCAUGCAGAUUCUGGUGGAGGAAAUGGCACAGAGGGGACAUGACGUAGUUGUACUUGUACCAGAAGCCAAUAUGCUGAUUGAAGCUUCCACUGACUGCAAAUUACAGCAUUUUCCAGUGCCUUACUCUAAAGAAGAUUUUCAAGGAGUCAUUGAUGGCAUUAGAGAAAAUUUUCUCAACAAAACCUCAGCUCUACAGGGUUCACUGGGAAUCAUAUUACAGCUUCAGAGACUGACAGCCUUGUUUUUUAAUGCCUGUGAAAGUCUUAUGUCAAAUGAAGAAAUACUGAAAUUGCUGAAAAGUGAGAACUUUGAUGCCAUCUUAGCUGAUGCCUUUACCCCCUGUGGUUCCAUACUUGCUCAUUAUAUAUCUGUUCCUUUAAUCCAUUUUUUGAAGGCCAUCCCCUGUGGAUUAGAACACCAGGCCUUGCAGUGCCCCAGCCCACCAUCGUACAUUCCCAGAAUGUUACUAGAGUUCUCAGAUCACAUGAUGUUCUUCCAGCGAAUGGCAAACUUCCUCUUUGCUUUUACAGAGCCCAUGGUUUGCAAAGUUAUAUAUUCAUCAUUUGAAGAUCUUGCCAAGAAAGUGCUACAAAAACAUAUUUCACUGCAAGAGAUGAUGAGCUACGCAGCCAUAUGGCUUGUGAAAUAUGAUUUUAUUUCUGAGUACCCACGACCCUUGAUGCCAAAUAUGGUCUUAAUUGGUGGCAUUAACUGCAAACAGAACAAACAUUUAUCACCGGAAUUUAUGAAUUACAUAAAUAAAUCUGGGGACCAUGGCAUUGUGGUCUUCUCCCUUGGAUCAGCAAUUUCAGAACUGACCCUAGAGUUAGCGACAGAGUUUGCUGAUGCCUUUGGAAAGAUCCCGCAAACAGUUUUAUGGAGAUACACUGGACCAGUGCCCCCCAACCUUGCUGAGAAUACAAAGGUGCUAAAAUGGCUUCCACAGAAUGAUCUUUUAGCUCAUCCAAAGACACGAGCAUUUAUUACCCAUGGAGGAAGUCAUGGGAUAUAUGAAGCUAUCUGUAAUGGUGUGCCCAUGAUUAUGGUACCGUUGUUUGGGGAUCAGCCAGGCAAUGUUCAACGUAUGGAAAGACGUGGAGCUGGGAUUACUCUAAGUUUCCAUGAUAUCACUUCUCAGAAGCUUCUGGAUGCUUUAGAAGCUGUCAUUAAUACUACAAGAUAUAAGGACCGCAUGAUGGAACUCUCAGCAGUUCACAAAGACAGACCUGUUGAACCUCUGGACCUUGCAGUUCAUUGGAUAGAAUUUGUCAUGAGACACAAAGGUGCCAAUCACUUACGACCUGCAGCACAUGACCUAAACUGGAUUCAGUAUCAUUCCCUGGAUGUCAUUGCAUUUCUUGCAGCUAUAAUACUAAUUGUUGUCUAUAUAGAGUUUAAAUGUUGCUUGUUUUGUUGCAAGAAAUUGUUUUGUAAAAGAUUUCAGCAGAAGUCAAAAUCAGAAUAAACCUGAGUAGUGUCACAAGA